AUGGCUGCGCCCGUGGGACCGGUGAAGUUCUGGAGACCCGGUACAGAGGGGCCAGGUGUCAGCAUCUCUGAAGAGAGACAAAGUCUCACCGAAAAUUUUGUGACAACUGUCGUUUACAAUCCUUACUCUGCCCUUUCUAUAGAGCAGCAGAGGCAGAAGCUGCCAGUGUUCAAGCUUAGGAAUCAUAUUUUAUACUUGAUAGAAAACUAUCAGACAGUGGUGAUCGUUGGAGAAACGGGAUGUGGGAAAAGCACGCAGAUUCCUCAAUAUCUUGCAGAAGCUGGCUGGACAGCUGAAGGAAGAGUGGUAGGAGUGACCCAGCCUCGAAGAGUGGCUGCUGUUACAGUUGCAGGGAGAGUAGCUGAGGAAAGGGGUGCAGUGCUGGGCCACGAAGUGGGCUACUGCAUCCGCUUUGAUGACUGCACCGACCCACUGGCUACGAGAAUUAAGUUUCUUACUGAUGGAAUGCUGGUCAGGGAAAUGAUGGUUGAUCCACUGUUAACAAAAUAUAGUGCCAUCAUGCUGGAUGAAGCCCAUGAAAGGACCUUGUACACCGACAUUGCCAUUGGCUUGCUGAAAAAGAUUCAGAAAAAGCGAGGAGAUCUUCGAUUGAUUGUGGCCUCAGCCACUCUGGAUGCGGAGAAAUUUCAGGAUUUCUUUAAUCAAAAUGAAACCAGUGACCCAACCAGGGAUACAUGUGUAAUCCUAACAGUGGAAGGGCGAACAUUUCCGGUGGAUAUCUUUUAUCUACAAAGUCCUGUUCCAGAUUAUAUCAAAUCAACUGUGGAAACUGUGGUGAAGAUUCACCAGACGGAGGAAGAUGGAGACAUAUUAGCAUUUCUUACCGGCCAGGAAGAAGUAGAAACUGUUGUGUCUAUGCUAAUCGAGCAGGCACGAGCACUAGCUCGCACUGGAAUGAAGAGACACCUCCGGGUUCUCCCCAUGUAUGCGGGACUGCCUUCCUUUGAGCAAAUGAAAGUGUUUGAAAGGGUGUCACGCAGUGUCAGAAAGGUGAUAGUGGCCACCAAUGUGGCAGAAACCUCCAUCACGAUCAGUGGUAUUGUGUAUGUGAUUGACUGUGGCUUUGUGAAACUGCGAGCCUACAAUCCCAGGACAGCUAUUGAAUGCUUGGUGGUGGUGCCAGUGUCCCAGGCAUCAGCCAACCAGCGAGCAGGACGUGGUGGUCGCAGCCGCUCAGGCAAAUGUUACCGUCUUUAUACAGAGGAAGCCUUUGACAAGUUGCUUCAGUCUACUGUCCCUGAGAUGCAGCGUAGCAAUUUGGCACCUGUCAUACUGCAGCUGAAAGCACUAGGGAUUGACAAUGUCCUCAGGUUCCACUUCAUGUCGCCACCUCCAGCACAGUCGAUGGUUCAAGCUUUGGAGUUACUCUAUGCUCUAGGAGGUCUGGACAAAGACUGUCGUCUAACUGAACCCCUUGGCAUGAGAAUAGCAGAGUUCCCUUUGAAUCCCAUGUUUGCCAAAAUGCUGCUUGAAUCAGGAAAUUUCGGCUGUUCUCAGGAAAUUCUAAGCAUUGCAGCCAUGAUGCAGAUCCAGAAUAUCUUUGUGGUCCCCUCAAACCAGAAAUCUCAGGCAAUUCGAGUGCACCGAAAAUUUGCUGUCGAAGAGGGCGAUCACCUCACUAUGCUCAAUGUAUAUGAAGCAUUUAUCAAACACAAUAAAAGCUCUCAGUGGUGCCAGGAACAUUUCCUGAAUUACAAGGGUCUUGUCAGAGCUGCGACCGUGAGAGAACAAUUGAAAAAGCUUCUUGUCAAGUUUCAAGUACCCAAGGAGUCUAGCGAAGGUGAUCCAGAUCCGGUGCUGAGGUGCAUUGUUUCGGGAUUCUUUGCAAAUGCGGCAAGAUUUCAUUCUACUGGAGCUUAUAGGACUAUCCGUGACGAUCAUGAACUGCACAUACACCCUGCGUCAGUCCUCUAUGCAGAAAAGCCACCUCGCUGGGUUAUCUACAAUGAAGUUAUACAAACCUCCAAGUAUUACAUGAGAGACGUGACGGCCAUUGAAUCUGCUUGGCUAUUGGAGCUGGCUCCACACUUUUAUCAGCAAGGAACGGUAGGAUUGAACAGUCCUGCUUCCUGUGUUCAUUCACUUCCCCAACUCGUGGAGAGAUUUGAGCUUGUGACCCUCACUUGUCUCUGAAAGCCAAAAGGGCCAAGGUCCAGGACCAGUGAGCAGAGCUCAGCUAUGGCUGCAGGGACCUCUUGGUGUCCUCUCCUCCAUGCAGCUGCCCCUGGACCUACCACAGUCUCCUGUGGAACCUUCAGCUGCUUGGAAGUGGGCUGCAGCCUGUUCCCUGCCCCUUUCCUUCCGCCCCCCUUAGUACUUGCAUUUCCUGCUGGGAUCCGGAGGAAUUUGUGCACAGACAGGCCUCCUGCUGUGCUGUACCUGGGCUGAGUGGAGUUGGCUGGGCCAUGCUCUUUGGCUCACUCAGCACUCUCACUCACCCAGGAUACCACUGCACAGGCUCACAACCCUCCAGCUUUAUGGGCAGUGGGGGGAAGGUUAGCCACUGGAGGCUGAAGCACCACGUGGGCUGGACAGAGGCUUUGCUAGGCUGGCUUUGCUUUCUCUGCUGGGGCCACGGCUGUGUUGACCAAUGAGGGCUGCUGCCGGGUAUGAACAAGUGUGUAUCUACAAAGGGGUGAGACCUUGGAAACACCGGGGAUUUCUGCCAAAAUCACCGAGGGACACAUCUGGUGGACACAAGGGCUCCCAAACCAAGUAGCUUCUGUUUUUCCUCUGCCCGUGUCCCUGUUUAUCUGCGGCCAGGAGGCUUGCAAGGGAUUGGUAAUGGACAAAGAGGACUGUGCACUGCCCUUUGUUGGCUAAGGAUUUCUGUAUUUUACAAGUAGGCUUGGCUUCCUCUGAGUACAGUACCACAUCCUGGUGCCAACAGCUGGACACUAGCGAGAGUUCAUCAACUCAGACUCCAUGGGGGGCCUUUUUAGCAGGAAUUCAAAACAGUUUAGAUGCUCUAAACUUCUGUAGCUCAGGAACAUAAUGAUUGUGUAUUUGUUUUUUGUUUGUUUGCUUGGGUUCUUGCAAGGGAGUAGCUUUUCCAGCAGGUACUGGUUUUAUUGUUACCCCAGGGCUUCUUUGCUGUGAUAAUGUUUGUUUGCAUUUCAACACAUGACCGAUACAGAUUUUUUUCCUCUUACUGUUUCAGUGACAUUUAUUUUAAAAACACAUAGCUUGAAAAUUUAUUUUUGUACUGAUAAUAGUUUGGAUGUGCCACUUUUGGCACCAAACAUGUACGUCAUUUUUAUUUCCAUUUUAUAAACAUGUAAAUAAUAGUGAUAACUUGUUAAUAAUAGUAAAUCUUUAUACCUAAAGUAAAUGUAUUCCCUCCCA